UUCCGAGGUGGCCGCGAGAGCGCGCGCGCGCGGCGCAACGUCGUCGUUAGCUUUCUGUUUAUGUUUUGGCGCAGUCGCGGGUUGGCGUGUUUUGUUCGUGAUAGCCGGGCGUUUUUAUCUAAACUUUGUGUUUAUUUCUUAUAUUUUUUAUAUUCUGCCGAGCCGCUCCACGCGGCACGUUGGCCGCGACGUAGCCGCCUUGACGGCCGUGGCGUGGAUGUUUCUCUCCGCAGGCGCCACCUAACCUUCCUAACCUCCAAAUCUCAAACCGCGGAGACGGCCGGACUCGUUCGUUUGUAAUUUUCGUUGUCAAGUUUUGACUUUGUCAACUUGGUACUGUUUCCGCCUUCCGAAAUCGUGAAUCGAGCAUCAAGACCCAGCAGACUCAACGUAAGGCGAUCCUCCUAGAAAAGUCAGUCGCGCCCAAAGGGUUCGAGCUGCUGCAGGGAGGCUGGUGAGAUUAUCGUCAGCUUUAGUCUAAGGAGGCCUUUCCUCUAUAGUGUCGCUUGCUCAGCUCCCUAUCAGAUUAAUUAUCUCAAGCUUUUUCGACAACAUGGCCGUGCAGUGUGAGGUCUGCUACCGGGUCUACAAGACACCAAACAAACUAAAGGUGCACAUGCGAGUGCACACUGGAGAGAAACCAUUUAAGUGCACCGUUUGUGACAAGAUGUACUCUACGCCACGUAAUCUGAAAGAUCAUCACCGCUCUCAUACCGGUGAAAGGCCUUUUGAGUGCACCCUGUGUCUGAAGAAAUUUGCCUACGCGUGCUCUUUGAGAUAUCAUCUUCGCGGUCACACUGGUGACCGGCCUUUUGAGUGCACAGUGUGCCAAAAGAAGUUCAAGUCAUCUACCAAGUUGAUUAAUCAUCUUCGCACUCACACUGGUGAACGGCCUUUUGAGUGCACAGUGUGCCAAAAGAAGUUCAAGCAAUCUACCAAGUUGAUUAAUCAUCUUCGCACUCACACUGGUGAACGGCCUUUUGAGUGCAUGUUGUGCCAGAAGAAGUUCUCUCGUUCUGACAAUUUAAGUGUUCACCUUCGCACUCACACUGGUGAACGGCCUUUUGAGUGCACAGUGUGCCAGAAGAAGUUCUCUGUUUCUGCCAGUUUAAGUGUUCAUCUUCGCACUCACACUGGUGAACGGCCUUUUGGAUGCACAGUUUGCCAAAAGAAGUUCUCUAGACCUAGCGAUUUAAAGAAGCAUCUUACCACUCACACUGGAGAACGGCCUUUCGGGUGCACAGUGUGCCAGAAAACAUUUUCCUUGUCAGCAAAUUUGAAACGCCACCAGCGCACUCACACUUCGACCUAGACUAUUCCAAAUGUAGAAAUAACUAUGGACUAGACUAUCGGAGUGGCUCCUCUUUAUUUUUUAUUACGACCGACGGUGACAUUUGUCUGGAAUACAUGUUAGGCAGGUUAAUUUCAUUGUGAAAUUGUACAAGACGUAUCCAAAUGUUUUCAUAUUCUUUUAAUUUAAAACGAAUUUUGGUCAAUAAACGCUGCUUGUUCAUUUCAUGA